AUGGAGCCGGACAAUGCCCCGCACUCCAAACUCAAAGCCGCUGGAGUCGGGGGGAGAGCUCUAAUUCUUUGGACUUUGCUGUUCUGCACCUGCUCUCUGCGACUAGCACAUGCACAAGAUGUGGAUAUCCUGCAGCGACUUGGGCUUUAUUGGCGAAGGGCAGGCUGGUCACCUCAGUCCAUUCCUAAUGGUGUCAUCCCCUUUAAGUCUGGCGUCAUCCUCACUCCAAGGGCACGCAUCCAGGCGCCCCUGCGCACGGUUAUCCCUGCCACCUUCAACACCGCCAACCUCUCCCUGAUCCUCAGCCUGUCUCUUCAUCGCUUCAAUAGCGCUUUUCUUUUCUCGGUUCUGUCUAAGAAAAGGAAAGUGCAGCUCGGACUGCAGUUCGUACCAGGACACGUACUUGUACACGUUGGGCAUAAAAGCCAUGUGAGUUUUGACUACGAUGUCUACGAUGGCCAGUGGCAUAACUUUGCUUUGGAUUUUCGAGGCCGCCAAGUAGCCUUGCACACGUCUUGUGGUAAGAAAAGUCUGUAUGUGGAUUUGUCCUCUAAAAAUGAGGUGGUAUUGAAUCCAAGUAGCUCCUUCCUGCUGGGCAAAAUGAACCACAAUUCAGUGCCAUUUGAAGGCGCCAUUUGUCAGUUUGACAUUUAUCCCUCUGCUAAGGCAGCUCAUAACUAUUGUGAUUAUAUUAAGAAACACUGCAGAGAAGCCGACACCUAUCGGCCUGUGCUUCCUCCCAUGCUACCAGUUUUUUCAGACCCGAAUAUUACUUUGACUUCCAUAAAUUCACCGCCAUUGACAGAAAGACCCAAAAGGGCACAGCUGACUACUUUGACUAGGACUACAAAUCUUCCAACUGAAAGCUCGAUGCCGAACAAAACACCUGAACAUCAGACGGUAAGCUCUGGUGCUGUUCCUGUUUCUGCCCUAGUUCAUCCAGGAUUGGAAAGUCCUUUCAGACUUUUAACUCAGACGGUUACGGCACCGCUUUGGAUUAGCACGAGUACUCCAAAUCCAAAAUUAGAAUCACACACCAGAAAGUACACAAAGCAGAGGAACUCCUCAAAAGCUUCUGGAAAACAUAUACUUUCACCUGUUUCCACCAAACCGUCAGAGAUGAAAACAAACUUCUGGACCAAGGCUGCUCCCACUCAGGGGUCUCCUUCAAACACCUACAGUCCCCAUAAAAAUGCGAUUACCACAGUAGCUCUAUGGAAACCUGAGCCAAAAGUGACCAAUGUGCAGGACUUCAAACCAUCCACUUCAGUCACUCCAGCUUCAACAGAUGGUUUGCAAACAUUUGACCUGGCGCCGACCCAGUUCUCACAGCUUGCUGGAGCACCUGGACUAAAGGGAGAACCAGGACCACUGGGCCCUCAAGGAUUUCUAGGCUUGCCAGGAAAACCAGGCAAGAGGGGCCCCAGGGGUCCUCCUGGUCCUCAUGGGAAUCCUGGUCAUCCUGGACCUCCUGGAAUGAAGGGACAAAAAGGAGAUCCUGGACUGUCCCCUGGUCAAGGCCUUAAUGGACAAAAAGGAGAAUAUGGCAUUAUGGGCCCCCCAGGACUGCCUGGCCAAGCUGGACGAAAGGGACACAAAGGCUAUACUGGUCCUUCUGGUCUCCCGGGUGAAACUGGGGAACGGGGAGAUGAUGGAAGCCCUGGGGCCAAAGGCUAUCCUGGCAGGCAGGGAUUUCCUGGACCUAUGGGGGAAAAGGGGCUAAAAGGAAUUGGGGGUCACAUUGGCAUCCCUGGGCUUUUUGGCUUUUCUGGUCCUGACGGGGAGAGAGGAAUUCCUGGUGUGCAUGGGAAGAAGGGGAAGAUGGGUAGGCCGGGCUUUCCUGGUGACUUUGGAGAGAGAGGACCACCAGGCUCUGAUGGUAACCCAGGGGAACUGGGACCUCCUGGUCCAUGUGGAGUCAGUGGUCUUAUUGGCGACAUGGGGCCUGUUGGCAUAAUGGGGUUAUCAGGACUUGCAGGACUCAAGGGAGUAGCUGGAAAUCCAGGGGAAGCAGGACUGAAAGGUGAUAAGGGUGAUGUUGGCUUACCAGGAGAACAGGGGGAGCGUGGAUUCAAAGGGGACAAGGGCACCUCUGGCUUUCCCGGGUUGCCAGGUCCUCGUGGAAAAUUUGGACCACAGGGUAAACAUGGUGAAAAGGGUCCUGUUGGCAGACAUGGCCCUCCUGGCCCAGAAGGCUUCCCGGGUGACAUUGGCCCACCAGGACAAAAUGGCCUAAAGGGACUGAAGGGAAAAGAAGGGACACAGGGGUCACCUGGCCCAGCAGGAAAACCUGGCCCUCAGGGUGAUGAAGGACCGCUUGGAUCAGCAGGACCCGUUGGAGCCGAGGGCAGGCCUGGGAGGCAAGGAUUCCCUGGACCGACGGGCCCAGAUGGACCCAAGGGCGAGAUGGGGAUAACUGGCGAGGUCGGGAAGCUUGGCGAGAAGGGACCGCCAGGUUUUAUCGGGCCUGUUGGAGAGUUGGGUUUCGCAGGAGAAAAGGGGGAUCGAGGUAAAAUGGGUGUCCCUGGGCCUCCAGGUGAACCAGGUCCGAUGGGUCAUGCUGGAAUACCCGGAGAGGCAGGACCACCUGGACUACAGGGGAUCCCAGGGCCUCUUGGUUCAAAAGGUUCUGCUGGCAUUAGAGGACCUAAAGGCAGGAUGGGUCCAAGAGGUCCUGAUGGCCCCGUGGGGGAGAAGGGGUCUACAGGGGUCAAGGGUUCUGAUGGUCCACCAGGAAAAUUGGGCCUCCCUGGGGAGAUGGGAAAAUUUGGUGAGCCGGGUGAAGCUGGGUCUACAGGAUUUCCAGGUGUUCAGGGCCCCUCAGGACCUCCAGGAGCCAAAGGAAUUGCUGGAGAAACCGGACCAUCAGGGCCAGCAGGAGGGACAGGGCCAUUGGGGGCGAUGGGGCAGGUGGGACCCCCUGGUAAAGAUGGAGAGAGCGGACCGCCUGGUGAACCUGGAGAAAAGGGUUCUGUUGGUCCAGCUGGCAUCGUUGGGGAGCUUGGUUUGAUUGGCCCAAGAGGUGAGAAGGGGGAUCCUGGCCCAGAGGGCGACCCUGGAGACAGAGGUGAAAUUGGCCUGAAAGGAAAGGAAGGCCCACUAGGCCCACCUGGACUUCUGGGGGUGAGGGGUCAGGAGGGCAAACCUGGCAAAACUGGGGAAGGCGGAAAGCCAGGGGAGAAGGGGAGCAAAGGUCAGCAAGGCCAUUUAGGUGAGAAUGGACCAAUUGGUGAGCCGGGGGAGCUGGGAUUUGUUGGGCAGAAAGGAGCGAGAGGAACCAUUGGGCCAGUGGGUGCUCCUGGGACAAUGGGUCAACAAGGUGAUCCAGGCACAGCAGGUUAUGAGGGCCACAUGGGACGACCGGGCACAGUUGGACUACCUGGACCAAAAGGUGAAAAGGGAGAACAGGGAGAUGACAGCAAGGCAGAGGGCCUUCCAGGACCCCAAGGUGACAGAGGUCCUCCUGGAGACAGAGGAGAAAGAGGAGAGCCUGGUGACCCAGGGCACUUUGGUCCAACUGGCAUAAAUGGACUGAGAGGGGAACCUGGUGCUCCAGGUCUUCCUGGACAUCCUGGGUCUAAAGGACAACCAGGACUGAAAGGAACCAAAGGUGAUCAAGGUUUGAAAGGAAAAUCAGGGGCAACGGGUGCAUCUGGAACCAAAGGCCCACCAGGUACAGAGGGCCCUUCUGGUCCACGUGGCGUCCAUGGCAGGGAAGGACUUGAGGGCCCACCUGGAAUAAAUGGCUCACCUGGAAAAGAUGGAAGUCAAGGAGUUAAAGGAGAGCAAGGAGAAGACGGAGAGCUGGGUUCAACUGGAAUUCUUGGGCAGCAGGGUGCAAAGGGAGUGACGGGACUUCCAGGAAGUCAAGGCUCCAUUGGUCCAAAGGGGGAGAGAGGUCUGCCAGGCCAGAUUGGUUCAGUGGGAAAGAGAGGCUCUGUUGGCGUGAUGGGACUGCCUGGAAAACAAGGAGAACUAGGACUUAAAGGGCAACCAGGGGAUGGUGGUGAACAGGGUUUUCCAGGCGUGUUAGGGCUGUUUGGACCAAAGGGUCCCCCAGGAGACAUGGGUCCAGCAGGAAUACAGGGACCAAAAGGACCACGAGGACUGAUGGGUGUGAAAGGGGCUCUUGGCCCCGCCGGCAUCAUUGGGCCCAGCGGUCAUCCAGGACCCCAGGGUGACAAAGGAAGUCGCGGGGAGACGGGGUUGCAAGGACCAAGAGGAUCUCCUGGUCCUCAAGGACCGUCUGGACCACCAGGUCUUUCCACCUCUGCAUUACUUCUGAAAAAUGAAGCUCUUGGUGCUGCUUUUGAAAUCCUCUUUGAUUCUCGUGCUUCUAUAAAACAAGAGAAUUUGCCGAACAUGGACGUGCCCAUGUUAGACCAGGGCACGGAGGUCCUAAAGACCCUCCAGCAUCUCAGCACACUUGUCCAAAGUCUGAGGAACCCGCUGGGAACCCGAGACAACCCCGCCCGAAUCUGUCGAGACCUGUACAACUGUGAACAACGAGUGCACGAUGGUUCUUAUUGGAUUGAUCCAAAUCUCGGCUGCAGCGCUGACAAAAUGGAAGUGAUGUGCAACUUCACUGCUGGAGGACAGACUUGCCUUAAACCUAUUACAAUUUCCAAGUUGGAAGUGGGAGUGGGUCGCAUCCAGAUGAAUUUCAUCCACCUGCUGAGCACCGAGGCCGUGCAGCACGUCAUCGUUCACUGCCUGAACACGUCCGUGUGGGCAGCUGGACCCUCUGAGCAACCUUCAUCCAAGGCUGUGAGCUUCGAGGCCUGGUCAGGGGAGAGGAUACAGCAGGGAGACCUGCUGGAGCCUCUCGUAGCCACAGACGAUUGCUGGAUCAAAGAUGGACGCUGGCAUCAGACACACUUCAUCUUCCAAAGUCAGGACCCAAACUUGCUUCCUAUAGUGGACGUGCACGACUUGCCGACCACGGCACCCGGAGCACGGUUUCACUUGGAGGUCAAACCUGUGUGCUUCUUGUGA